AUGGCAGGCACCUGUUCCACGCUAUGCUUGAUUAUCAUCACCCUCUUCAUUCCCCCGCUCGGUGUCUUUAUGAUCUCUGGCUGCGGCGUCGACUUCUGGAUCAACGUCCUGCUCACAAUUCUCGGGUGCGACUUCCCGGGUCACAUCCAUGCAUUUUAUCUGGAAUACGUCUACUAUGAGCGUCGCAACCGCGACCCGAUGAUCCGCGCCACGCAGCGCCCUGCUCCGGGAGUCUACUCCGAACGCAUUCAAAAUGGUGGACACCAUGACACGCCGCGCAAUUAUGGCACAGUCUAA